AUGCAAGCCCCGCCCCCAUACCAGCCUUCCCCCGCCCUCGCCACCUCCGCCCCCCUCGUCCCAGCCGAUAACGACCCCCACGGCUUCAUCAACAACGGCCCAGGCCUCAGUGCCCGCACCACCCUCUCCCAGAGCGCCAAGGUCAACGUCUGGCUCGACGUCAAAGACAGCCUGCCCCAGUUGCCCGUCACCUUUGCGCCGGGGGUCAAAGAGUAUGCUGUAGAGCCCGAGGGGGAGGGGGAUGUGCCUGGGAUGGAUGUUUUGGUGUUUGCUGUUGGGAGUGCUGAUGAUGUGCGACGUUUGACUGCGCUCGCAAAGCAGCUCGUCGUUGCACAUGGCCAUCGAGUCAGGAUUGCCACCCAGGAUGAGCAUGAGCAUUUUGUCGUACAAGCUAAAGCAUCGUUGGCUGGUAAAACUGGCAAGGACGGUGAGAGACUGGACGACAAGAUCGAGUUUUAUGCUGUUGCAUCAUCCAACUCGAAUCUCCAGACCUGGAUCCAAAACCCUUCUACUCUCGAGCAAACCCUCCGCUCGCUCUUCCAAGCCACCUUCAGCCCUUCCCCCACCACCGCCCGACCUUUCGCCGCAGACGUGAUCGUCGCCCAGCCAGAUGUGCCCGGUGCCGUCUCUAUCGCCGAGCUGCUUGGUCUGCCGCUUCAUCUUGUAUCUGCGGCACCCUACUCGCCCACCGUCACUCUCCCUCACCCGGGUACCCAGAUCCAACGAUCCAACACCCCAUCAUCCGUGACAAACUACCUCUCUUUCCCUCUCUACGACGCCCAAAUCUGGCGCUCCCUCGGCCCAACGCUCAACACCUUCCGAAUCUCCUCCCUCGGCCUCCCAGCCCUCCAGCGCGCCGACGCCCCGGGCCUACUCGAUCGUCUCAAAGUGCCUUUUAGUUAUACUUGGAGCCCGGUUCUGAUGGGAAAACCGGGUGAUUGGAAAGAGCAUCUUGAUGUGACUGGGUUUGUGCUCGACAAGCCGGAGGAGGGGUAUCGCCCAAGGGACGAGUUGUUGUAUUUCGUCAAGGGCGGAAGGGCGCCCAUCUAUGUCAAGCUGGAUUCUAUCGCUGAGGACGAGGCGGGCGAGAUAGCCGCACUUCUUAUCAGCGCAGCCCUCAAAUCCAACAAACGACUCAUAAUAGAUAUCAAAAACUACUACAACAAGAACGGCGAGAAUCCAGACAUCUACAUAGUCUCCCGCAAUCCGUUUGAAUGGUUAUUGGAACAAGGUAUCCUCGGUGCGGUCUGUCAUGAAGGUGGGGAGGGGGUUGGUAGUAGGGCGGUCGUUGCUGGUCUGCCGAGCAUCAUCAUUGCGAACGAUGCUUCUUCCAGGCAAGUUUUACCUUUCCACUCUUUUGCUUGCAAAAAACCUAACCAUCACAGCAGCUUUUACACAGCCCAGAUGCGCCAGCUCAACAUCUCCACCUCCCCCAUCCCCCUCCCUGCGCUCAGCCUCGAAGGCCUCAUGGACGCCUUCACCGAAGCCGAGGCUCUGUCCGCGGGGGCGAGAGAGUUGGGGUACAUUCUCAGUCGGGAGGAUGGGUUGCUGGGGGCUGUGGCGAGCUUGCAUAGGCAUUUGCCUUUGGCCAACAUGCGGUGCGAUAUCAUCCCCGCAAGAGUCGCUGUAUGGCACCACCCCGCGCUGGACUUGCAUCUCUCUGCUGUAGCAGCGGGGGUGUUGGUCGAAGCUGGGAAGAUCAGCUUCAAGGACCUAUCUCCUAACCGAGCUAAAGAAUACCCCACGACCCAAUCCGACCCGAACCCCCUGACAGCCGGCGCCGGCUCCUUCCUCUCCUCCCUAACCGACUCCGCCCUCUCCGUCCUCCCCUUCUUCCACCCCUCCUCCUCAUCUUCUUCUUCUUCCAACCCUGCUGUCAUCGACCUCCCCUCCCUCCAACCCCUCCUCAUCUCGCAGACCCAGACCCCCGCUGGCACCUGGUCCUGGGAGUACCAACAGGCGUCCCGCACGCGCCGGCCUAUCACGGGGUGGAAGAGCGGGCUGAGGGAGGCGAGGGAUGAAGCGUGGACGGGGAUGAAGGAUGGGGCGAAGGGGUUUGUGAAGGCGCCGGUGGAUGGGCUGGUGAAUCGUGGACCUAUUGGUGGGGUGUUUGGUCUCGUUGCAGGGACGGUGGGAGCAGUAACCCGUCCCCUCGGCGGCGCCAUCACAGCCGUAACCUACACCGCCCAAGGCGCUCUCCGCGAAUUCGACGCCUCCGCCAAACAAGCCAAACUCGCCGCCUCAUCCCCUGCCGAAUCCCUCCGUCCUCCCCGUCGAGAGAUCAGCAAACUCCAAGCUGCUUCCCUCUCUUCCGAGGACAAGCGACGGGUGCUGGAAGAGUUCAAGAGGGCGAAAGGGGAGGAAGGGGUGAGGGAGAGGAAGGGGAGGAGUGAGGCGGUUGCGGGUGGGGUGCAGGUGGAGAGGAGGAGGGGUGGGGUGGUAAUAGGGCCUUUGGGGCUGAGCGCGAGCAUGUCGAAUCUUGAUAUCGGGGGCGGGGGCGGAGAAGGCAAAAAGUGGUGGAAAGGGAAAGGAAAGGGGAAGGAGAGGGUGGAUGGGCUUUCGCCUCAGAUCAGUUCUGGCUCUGGGUCGGUUCUUUCGCCCUCGUCUUCGGCUGUUUCCCCUUUGCCUGAAAAGAAUUGA